AGGCCGCCCCCCGGCCCCGGUGCCGGGUCCGCCCAGGGCUAGCGGAGCCCACCCGAGCCGGCAUCACGGAGGGACGGGGGCCUGAGCGCGGGCGCACCGCAGACCCUCCUCCGCUCUGUUUCCCCCUUGCGCUUUUUGUGCUUUAGUCCUGAACCUGUUGUCAUCCCCUGAGGCUGGGGGAGUUUGUCCCUGGGAGGCAGCGGCCGAGCUGGGGCUGGACGUGGAGGCAGCUGGCAGGGGCAGCUUGGCGCGGAAACGGGGCAAAUGCCUGGGAGCCCUUCGUUCUGGCUAUGCCAUGACCGUGGCUACCUGGUGACCCAGGAUGAGUUGGACCAGACACUGGAGGAGUUCAAAGCCCAGUUUGGGGACAAGCCUAGUGAAGGGCGGCCGCGGCGCACAGACCUCACCGUCCUGGUGGCCCACAACGACGACCCCACCGACCAGAUGUUCGUCUUCUUCCCAGAGGAGCCCAAGGUGGGGAUCAAGACCAUCAAGGUGUACUGCCAGCGCAUGCAGGAGGAGAACAUCACCCGCGCCCUCAUUGUGGUGCAGCAGGGAAUGACGCCCUCCGCUAAGCAGUCUCUGGUUGACAUGGCCCCCAAGUACAUCCUGGAGCAGUUUCUGCAGCAGGAGUUGCUCAUCAACAUCACGGAGCACGAGUUGGUCCCAGAGCACGUCGUCAUGACCAAGGAGGAGGUGACGGAGCUGCUGGCCCGAUAUAAACUCCGAGAGAACCAGCUUCCCAGGAUCCAGGCGGGAGACCCUGUGGCACGCUACUUUGGGAUAAAGCGGGGGCAGGUGGUGAAGAUCAUCCGGCCCAGCGAGACGGCGGGUAGGUACAUCACCUACCGGCUGGUCCAGUAGCCCCCGCCCUCAACAGGCACAAGUGAGCGUCCCACCUUCCUGCACCGUGGCCUGUGCCUUGUUCCCUCCAGGCCUGCCAGCUGGAUUCUUCAGCAGCGUGGGUGUGGGGCUGCCCAGCUCCUGUGACAGCCUUGUCGUCUCUUGCCCAGACCCAGAGAUGGACAGACAGACAGUAACAACCGUUGUCUUGAGGACAGAUGCCCCCGCCCUGCUCUGCCCUGCGGGAGUCUGGUCCUCCCCAAGCCUCACCCCUGCUCCUCUGGACUCCUCAAGGCAGGUGGCCACUGCCUUGUUCACUUUUCCUGGGGUGAGGUUUCCUGGGGCCUGGCUGCUCGAUUCACCUGUUGAUCCUUGAGGGCUAGGGCCCCAGGAGGGACAAGACCCCAGCGGGAGGACAGCGGGAGCAGCUGGUGCCACGCAGCAGUCCCGUGUCCUUGCCCAGCUGCACUGACUCCCCCUCAGGGGCUCGGGUCUGCAUCGCCUGCCAGCCGCUGUUUCCUCCCAGGCCCUCAGCCACCAUCGAUUCAUCUUCCCUCCCGAGGGGGCCUAGCUGCCCGGCCGAUCCCCCACCCCUUGGACUCUCCUGCCAGAGACUUGGGGCCGGGUGUGUGGGGGCUGCACCCAUGGGCGCUCCAAGGCUGGCAGGGUUCGCGAUUACAACUCAUUUGGAGUUUUCUGUUGCCGUAGGAUGUUGGAUGUUUCCAAACUUCAAAGACAUUUUGAGUAAAUAAACGUGUUUGUUUUAAAAACCAA